AUGAAAUUAUUAGAUGAGUUCAGAAUACCAGACUUGUACAAAUUUCGAUAAUAGUAAUUUCUAAAUUACCUAUGUAUUCAACUGCAAUAAUUAGAAAAUACCGAAGAGUUAAAACAUGAAGUAUACUUAUUAAGUACUGGUAUCACUACAGAAAUAGAAUAGCCUGAUGGAUAAUAAUGA